GUUACAACACGACAUGUUUACAAUGAGUUGCAACAAACAGCUGAAUUUUAAAAAUUGAUAUUUUCGUAUUUUGGUAAUAAGUUGAACGGUAUGUCGGUAAUGCUCGUGUCUGCUUCAUUUUCUUAUAUUUUCACAAUUUGAAAACGCUUGAUUAUUUUCCCGACUUUGAUUGAUAAUAAUUAAUCUACGAACAUAUUUUUUUGACAAGUGUUUUUUAGUCAGGAGUGUUAUUCAGCUUUUUUAAAUAUAAUGCAUGCAUUCUUUUCUCUGAAUCUUUGACCACUAGGUUGAAAAUUGUCAUUUCGACAAACUGUUGAAACUUUAGUGAUAUAAAAUAAAGUGCAUCUCUUUUAGGCAAUAUUUUUUGGAAAUUGUUAGGCAUUAAAAUACAACAAUCAGUGAUAAUAACCAUAAGUUUGGUUGAAUUUAACUUUCGCCGGAUAUGACGUGUACGACGUUAAGGGACAAUGUUGAGGGGUCGACCAGUUACCCACCGGAAACGGAAGUUGAAACCAUGAAACAAUUGAGGAACAGGAGCGUGUCAGAAGGCGAAACAUACACGAGCAAUGGCGGGAAACAUAUGCUGUCCGAGUCCUGCGCGCGUUCUGUUCAGUAUUUUGCGGCCUCUGCGAUAGUUGCUAUGGUAGUGUUGAUCUCGGUCGCGGACGGAAGGGAGGUUAACAUGACAGCGGUCAUAUACGUUCAUCUGCUCAGCUUUGCCGCUCACUUCGGUGCCCAGUGUUGGGUCACAUUCGUCGCAGCUUACUCUACUCGGCGUUUGUGUGGGGUGUUCGUUCGUGAACAGCUUCUUUCUGGCGCCCAAGCUCGUCGCCUCGAUGAUCCACAUGUUCGAGCUCGAGAAGGCUUCCGGUGUGGCGUCCGUGGUCGGCUAUUGUGACCGUAAGGAGUUAAAGAAGGAUCCGGUAUAUAGCCGCCACUACAAGACGUUCCGUAUAAGCCACAGCGUUUCAGGUCUUGGAAACCUCGCCACUCUGGCGUGCAAUCUUCUUUACAUGUACCAGAUAGCCUGCAACUAUUUGGAAUUGCAGAGAAGAACUUAAUGUGAUAUAUAACCUCGAUACUAAAAAACCGUUUAAAAACAUAGAUAGUACGAUUUAUUUUUUAACAAGAUUGUGAUCAUGUUCUUCAGGACGUGAAACUAUCAAACAGGGGUGACACAUGUCAUAUUUGUCGUACAGCGCCUUUUGUGUCGUUUUGGUGGGUAUCGUCGUGGUAUACAGUAUUCGAAUAUUUGUCGUUCUUAAGAGUUGGCGUAUGGGCGGUUUUAUUACGACAACACGACAAUACGCAAGAACGAAAAUAAUAAUAAACGCCGAGGCGACGAAAAUGUUGACUAAAUUUGGCGCCCUUUAUUCGUUCUGGAGAGUUUAUGUAUCGUUAUCUCGUUAUCUCCUGUUGGCGUUUUGGUGAACUUAUUCCACCCCUUCCCCGUCCCAAGCCGCCAGAACGCUACGCCGACAAAAGCCGCAUAACUUCAAUGAACUUGCACUUAAUUCAACAUCAACUCAAGUAUUUUUGGGUUUUGUCUAUUCACGCUCAUUCGUAGCGUUGGUAACAGAAAAUACGCUUUAACUGUGUAAACCUCAAAUUCAUUAACGAAUUGUAUCACAUUUCAUUAAUGCAUUUGACGCGAUGCUUCAUUUAUACGACGUUUACAUAGAAGUGCUUUUCAAAUUAAAUGCACUUGUAAACCAUAAUAAAGUGUGUUAUUGUUAAACAAUGACAAGCAACAAGGACUGGCACGUACAUGGACAAAACUUACUUGUAAAUGGUUUUAAAAACGGACUAUUCUGGAAAAACGUCACAAAAACAGCAGGGCUGAAAUAUAAUAUUUGUUGUUACACCACUCAUACUACUGACGGGAGGUGUCGGAAGUUGGAAUUUUGUUUUAGAUUGUUUAAUUUUAGUCCGUUUCCAAAAUCACGAGUUUCAGUUGUUGUUGUAGCAAAGGAUUACAUCUUGCGCGUAUUUCAUUAAAAAGUGAUAAUGAAACUACAGAAGAACUUGAAGGAUUAAUGUCAAGCUUUGGCUGUUUAAAAGCUUUCAGGGCAUGCAAAACCUCAUACAGAGUCCAGCGGUAAUUACUAAAACCUUGAACCCUUAUUGUACCAUUCGGUCCUGUAAUUAUGGCAAGGAACCGAGUGCCUACCAGCGAGACACAAAACAAACGCCCUAGACAAGACAUGCACGUGCUUAAUA